CCUUCUUCGGUGAAAGCUAGCAUCGAUCAGCUACCGUCUCCUGUUGAACGUCCCAUUGCACAGGUUUUCACCGAAGAAAAAGUUACCGACAUAAGCCGAAGACCGUGGGAGCUGAAGCAUCGUGUCGAACCACCGGCGUCGAAAAAGCGUGGUAGAGUCAAAAUCUUCCUACCCGAAUUGCCUGAUGUUGACGAAGAACCUGAUGUAGUGCGACCUUCGACUUCGUCUGCUUUCUCUUCUCAGUUGUUGUCCCUCUUACCGGAGCCUAAAUCUGAUGUGAAGCAGAAGUCAAACAGUUUGCUGCUACCUUCUGUUUCUGGGAAAAAGAGAGUGAAGUCAACGCCUGUUGAACGAUCAGACCUUCCAUAUUCGACUGAACGUCUACCUGCUGCUAAUUCGUCUAAGGUUAACUUAGAAGGAGAACAGGAUAGCGAGCCUGAAGAAGACGGUCUACCCUAUGUUUGUGCUAAUUUCUUUUCCAUCGAUUCUCACUCAACAGGUUCUGUACGAGAGGAGGCUCCGCUGCCAUCAUUGGUUAAGGUCGUUGGUCCGGAAUCCAUUCCAAUUGCUCCAGUUGAGUUUCCGGUCGCUAUGGAUGAUGCUAAUGUGUACGAAGUACCACCAGAAGCUUGCUCUUCUCACGAUUCCAUGGCAGAGUCUUUUCCUGGCGCCGGUCAAAAGGUCGGAAAAACCAUAUCGAUCGAGCAGGCGAGGAAACUGAUUAAAAAGCAUGAAACGGAUCCGUUCACUGGACGAACUGUGCCAGAUGAUUUGCAGAUCAUUGACGUUAAUGUCGAUACCCAACUUGAAGGUGUGCGGGAAAACUUGCUUCGCAAUCUAACGGGCCCAAAGGCGCCAGACGCGAUGUUAAACGCAGCAAAAAAGGAGGACACGAAAGUCAAUCCUGGAGGAGUGGCAAAGAGGAAACACCAAAUAACAUAUUUGGCAUUUUUGGCGAAAGAGCGAGAAGAGCAGCUGCAGAACCAGUGGGCACAAAACAGACACACCAGAAAGCAAAGUCGCAUGAAAUACGGAUUUUGA